UUAGCCUCUAAAUUAUUAGUUAUAAUUUGAGAAAGGCCUGAUCCUAAUAGCUAAAUAACAUUAUCAUAGCUAUCAACUCCCCAUCACCGAUCUCAACUCCAGUCAAUCUCAUUUCCGACCGUCUCCGGUAUCCGCCGCCUCCGCCGGUCUGUCCAAAUCAUGCUUGGAAUCUCAUACGGCCUCAUCGUUGGAGCAACCGCAGCUCUCAUUGGCCCAAAAGAUCUUCCAGUGAUCGCGAGGACAGCAGGUCGGUUAGUGGGCCGCGCCAUCGGGUACGUCCAGAUGGCCCGCGGUCAGUUCGACAACGUCAUGCAACAUUCCCAAGCUAGCAAGGUGCAUAAAGAGCUUCAAGAUACAAUGGCGCAGUUGGAAGCUAUUCGUUAUGAGAUAAGAAGUAUUUCGAUUAUGAGUCCUGCUCCUUUCACUAGGAGGAUGGAGGCUGCAGCAGGAGAUCCUCCUUCGAAUAAUAGUAACUUUGAUGGUAGUAGUGAUAAUCGGAUGCCUAAUGGAGAAAUCAAGCCUACAAUUAAUGUUCCUAAGAGUUUUAGUUCAACAGAUACUGUUUCUUCGAGAUUACACAGUCAAGCUGCGACAUAUGCUAGGAUAGCUGAAGCACUGAAUGUUAAAUCACGUUUUGUUGAGAGUGACCAAGGUGGAAGGAAACUCGAUGAUGAAAGGGAUGGUUUGUUAGCUGUUCUUCCAGUCUCUGCUGAAAAUGCUGGAUUUCUUCCAAAGUGUGAUGGUGAACCUAAAGGAUCAGAUAUUUUGCUAGAAGCAAUACUGGAAGCAGAGGUGGCUCAAAAUGCCAAACAGUUUUUCUCACAACCAGAGAACCGGAUACCUCAAGAUAUACCAAAACAGUAAGCAGAAGCUGUAAUUACUGUAACGAAGCAUGAUUGAUCAACGAGGAAAGACAUAUGACAAAUUAUAUACAUAAGGCAGUCUUAAGGGAUUGAGCUGAUGUUAAUCCUCGCGGGAGUUAAAAAAUGGUACCUAGAGUUCCUCAUUCUGUAAAUAACAUAUAUCUGUUGCUGUGCAUGAACGAAAGCACAACGCAUGACAUAAUAUUAACGAUAUUUAAUUCAAAAAUAGUUAUGGCGGAGUUUUUCCUACAUAAUAUUUUUCAGUAAAUGAAAAAAGGCAGACGGUUAUAGUAUGGUUGUACUG